ACCACCACCAUUCUGACAGUAGCCGCUCAUCAUAUCAGUUUCAUUCUUUGUGCGAUUCGGGGGAAAAUUCAGUGCGCUCAAGUGAAAAUCGGUGAAAAAAUCUGCACAAAUUGCAACCUGCAUGGCCGAAAACAGUGCUAGUGAGCUGAAAUCGAACGGAAUGAGGACGAACGGUUCCGAAAACGGCGUCAAAACGCCGUUUCUUAUCGGAGUGGCCGGUGGAACUGCAAGCGGAAAGUCUACGGUCUGCAAACGGAUCAUGGAACAACUCGGUCAAGCCGAUAUGGAUCACGCACAGCGACAAGUGGUCACUAUCAGCCAGGAUAGCUUCUAUCGGGAACUUACGGCAGCGGAGAAGGCCCGCGCCGAAAGGGGACAGUUCAACUUCGAUCAUCCGGAUGCGUUCAACGAGAAACUGAUGCUCCAAACGUUGCAAGCGGUGCUUCAGGGGCAGAAGGUGGAAAUCAAUGAAUACGACUAUCGGACGAAUUCUGUUUGUCCGGAUCGGAAGCUGGUCAUCUAUCCGGCCGAUGUGGUGCUGUUCGAAGGAAUACUAGUGUUUUACUUUCCGGAAAUUCGGGAUCUGUUCCAUAUGAAGCUGUUCGUGGACACGGAUUCGGAUACCAGACUCGCCAGAAGAGUUCCAAGGGAUAUCAACGAAAGAGGACGUGAUUUGGACCAGGUUCUGAAUGCCUACAUGUCAUUUGUUAAGCCAGCUUUCGAAGAGUUUUGCUCGCCAACCAAAAAGUUCGCAGAUGUGAUCAUUCCACGCGGAGCUGAUAAUACAGUGGCCAUCGAUCUGAUCGUGCAGCACAUCCGCGAGUUUUUGAACAACCGAACCCGGCAAGACCACAGUCCCCAUCUGGCAACCGGUGGUACCAGUGCGUUGAACCUUUCCCGUGGCCGAGCCACCUUCAAACACUAAACACGAUUAGAAGCAACACCUCAACAAGUUGAUGAUGCCUUCUGCUAAGUUGGUUCGAAGUAAUUUGCUAGUUGUUUCGCAUAAAAAAACGAUGCCCGGGCGAUCCUCCGUCAUCAAGUUUCGUAACCAGCUAACUAAGUAGUGACUAACCUACGCUAGAUAAUAGAGAUUUAGUUUUGGAAAAUUUGUUUGUAACUAGCCCCAAUUGACAAAAACAUAUCCAUCCCGAAUUCGAUCGAAACAAAAGUUCGACUGAUGACUGCAACAAUUCCCGAAAACUAUAAUGAUAAAACUAAUUUCCUUUUGAUCUGAAUCCCGACCAUUCUAGUCCGUUACUUCGUUUUCCAUUAGGAUGUCUGUGCGAUACCGAGAAAGUGCAUUAGCAUAUAAAGAUCCCUGUAAAACAGUUGCAUCCGUUUGACAAUACUAACCAGCAGCAAUGUUAGCGUACCAAUAUACCAAAAAUUAGUGCUAGUGUUAUGCAAAUCAAAACAAAACAAAAGUAAAUGGUCGACUAAUUUAUUAUGUUUAGAGAAAAGCGCGCUGGUAAUUACCCAACUGAUUAACUCUUAAUUUUACAUAUAUCUGUGAAUACUCGUUUAUUUCCGACACACUCAACGUACUCAAAUUGCAAAUAUCACGCUAAAUUUUUAAAUUAAAAUUACAAAUAUUCUCCGGAAGACGAGGGAACUCCUCCCGAAGCAACUGCGUCCGGUCUUCGAAGAUUCUCAUCAACCAUCAUCAAUAGGAAGCUGUUUUCUGUUGUGUUCAACUACUGAAUGACACGGUUAACUAUCGAUAAGCGAUAAAACCGAAACAAAUAGUCCAGCUUGGACGCACAUAUUCAAAACCGUAGAGAAAUAUAAUAAGCCAAUAUGUAGCACAGCAAUACAGAAUACCGUUGAGCAACACCUAGCGAUAUAAAGUCGAGUGACACAGCUAUAGGAACUUGAUACUCAAAACCCCCAAAUUGAAAACUACGGUCAGUUUAAUAAACAUCGGAGAGGCCUUUUGGAAGUGUAGAAGUGGUGUAGUUUAUAUGUUGGGUCUAUUUAUUACUUACUAGAAGAAUGCGAGGACUUACCUAACCCGAUGUUUGAUAUCGAUUUUUAGAGAUUGUCAGUAUAAAAAUACCAAAAAAAAAACAAAGUGAGGAUUUAUUUGCGGAACGGAAAUUUGAAACAGUUUUAGAUGUAUAUUUUGAUUUGAAGAGUAAAAUAAGCUUAUACGCAAACCUGA